AUGGCAAACUCCUCCACAAGUUUUAUUAACCUUUUAGCGAGCCAAGGGGUUAUUGACCUUGACUCAUCGGAACCUCCGUUCGUUAGCAGCGAAGGGGUAGCCAGCCAAUGUUCCGAUGAGGCUACGGUCAAAGAGAGGAGAAAAUGGACACCAAAGGAGGAUAUAGUCCUCAUUGGUGCUUGGCUCAACACGAGCAAAGACCCAAUAGUUAGUAACGAACAGAAAGGCCUUGCGUUCUGGAAGAGGAUACUAGACAACUACAACUCCAGCCCUUUACUGGUUGGUACAAUCCCCCGCGAACUUGGGCAAGUGAAGCAACGAUGGGCCAGGAUCAACGAUGUGGUGUGUAAGUUUUGUGGUAGCUACGAGAUGGCACAGAGGGAGCAGAGAAGCGGGCAAAAUGACAACGAUAGAGAGCUUAGGCAUGAUGUCAAAUGGUGCUCCACCUCUCUCGGGAAGGACAAUGGGAAAGACAAGCGCAAAACAGGUGCUUCAGAUGCGGGAGGGUCAGUGACAGAGCCACAAGAGAGACCCAUAGGAGUGAAGGCAGCUAAGGCUGCUGGUAAGAGGAAGAAAUUAGGAAAAGAAGAAGAAUUAGGACAACUUAAAGAUUUGAUGGAGACCAAAAAGCAAAUCUCAGAUCAGAGUUUGCUUGCAAGCUUGUUUGCUAAAACCGACCCACUGACUGAGAUGGAAAUAGCUUUGAAAAUGAAAUUAAUGUCUCAGAUGUUGUGA